AACGCCUUCAUGAUAAUCGACGACGAUCAUCGCAUGAAUCUCUCAUUGGUAGCAGAGUUCCUCAAGAGUACUUCGGCUGAGACAAUGCGAAAAUCCAUUUCCGGCUUCAUCGCUAAAUACGACACGGCAUAUAGGUCACCAUCAAAGAAAUGGUUUUUAUCUUACCGCGAAUUCCCAUGGGAUUUGAUGUAUCAAUAUCCUCGGGGAUUUUCCCAAUUCAUUGGAGCUGACAUCGUCGACGACAUGGCCAUCGCGAGUGCAUACACGCGGUACAAUUAUGCACCGGAGGAUGUAUUUCUUGGAAUGGUAGCAUUCAAGCUCAGCAUCAAUUUGCACAAUGUUCAAUCAAUGUCAUAUCCCCUCUGGAGCGAGGAGAGCAACCAGAUACCGUUUCCUCUCAUGCUGACCUCCAAUAUGCUAAGGAGGAAGACGAAGCUUGUGAUUGGUAUUUUGGUUAUUGGUCUGAUUUUUCUCAGUUCUCUCAGGCGUCAUAAGUUGAAACAGAAGCCUGAAUCGGAAAUUAAGGUCUCCCAGCUUUUGCUUACACAGGCAAACUGCAAAUGGCCACCAAAUUUGCCUGAGGACAUCAAGUCGGAGGAGAGUGAAUACAACAUAACGCUCUGUGUACGACUUAGUCCCGAGGCGACAGUAAGAAAGACGCCAAAACUGUAUCCACUUGUGAAUCUCUUUCACAAACUUAAAAAACCACGCAAGGCUUCAUAUGAGGACCUCAAAACGCUACCUCGAAGAUUCUGGAAAUUGGCGAAGUACCCAGAGGUGUACAAUACGUAUCCACAGGAUGUACCGUUGAAGCAAAUUAUCGAAGCCAUCAAAGCAGGUCUUCCUGUCUCCGAUAUGCCUGAAUACAAUUUUCCCAUGCGCAUUCUGAAAACCAGCUCAAAAGUGUGUGCACGUGACACACAACACGACCUCGUCAUCGUAGUGAAAAGUGGAAAUCUGUGGUGGGACGCCAGAACAGCAUUUCGUGAGUUCAUGCAACGCGAGAAAGCCCGCAGUCCUCAGCUCAAGGUGGGAGUCGUCUUCAGUCUCGGAUUGCCACGCAAACACGGUGGCAGAAUAUUCAAUCGUGAUGGCCACAUCAUGAGCCUGGAUGGAACGGCUGGUGACAGGUUGGAGGAAUAUGACGGCAAAGCCGAUGUAGUUAUGGAACACAUAAAUCAGGAAAUCGACCAAUUCGAUGACAUACUGCUGGGUGACUACGAAGACACGUAUUUCAAUUUGACGUGGAAGACCGUCACAAACCUGCGAUGGCUGUCGGCAUUCUGCGACAAACACCACGUCAACGCCUUCAUGAUAAUCGACGACGAUCAUCGCAUGAAUCUCACAUUGGUUGCAGAGUUUCUCAAACGUACUUCGGCUGAGACAUUGAGGAAGUCCAUUUUUGGUACCAUUGCCAAAAACGGAGUUCCAGGAAGGAUAUAUUCAACGAAGUGGUUUCAGUCGUAUGGCGAGUGUCCAUGGGAUUCAAUGGCACCGUAUCCACGUGGCUUUUCCCAAUUCAUUGGAGCUGACAUCGUCGACGACAUGGCCAUCGCGACUGCCUACACGCGUUACAAUUAUGCACCGGAGGAUGUGUACCUCGGAAUGGUAGCAUUUAAACUGGGCAUCGAUCUGCGCAACGAAGUGUCAAUGUUUAACCACCGUCUAUUCGACAUCAAUCUCCUGAAGAACCACACUCCCAUGGUUGCACUAAGCCAAUUUUUUGAAGGAGCCCCCUUCCUUAGUUGA